AUGAAGUCAAACCGCGCCGAAAUUGACCCCUUGCACACGGAGGAUAGGACAAGGAUAGACUGGUCGAGAUGGGCUCUGAAUGUGGAACGUACCACGUGUGUUCGCUCUGCCCUUGAAUGUCAUUUCAGUGUGAGUACGAGGAGCGGGGACUCGGGAGGAUUCCGAUACACGCCAGAUACGAGGAGGUCUACCAAAAUUAUAGAUCUAGGGAGCGACAAUGGCGACUGGGACAGGAACAGAUCCUCGUGUAUCUUCAUCAAGAAUCAGUAUCUCAAUCCGAUAGCUGAAUCAACAAAUCAACUGAUUCUGAUCUUGCGAAUUCAACUGAGUAAGCUCUUAGUUGGAAAACGAUCUUGA